UUCGUGUUUUAAACGUCGUAUAAAGUAUAAUACCAAUGAUUUACUAGACUAAACUUAUAUACUUUACUCAACUUUAGCUAAUUGAUAUUGUUGAUGAUGAUCAUAACAUCUAUUUAAUUAUUUUACAUUUUAUUAGUUAUCUGUUUUUGUCUGCAUGAAUUUUAUUUUGAAAUGUGUUCAUUAAUAAGAAAACAUCUGCAAUGGAACUUACCAAAGAUGGUAAGUCCAAGACAGACUAGUAUUUAUACUCAAAGGUUACUGUCAGUUGUUACUCCAAAUAUAACUGUGCCACCUAAAAUGAAAGGCAGGUUUGCCAGUGGAGAACAAAAACGUAUUAUUACAGAAUUUGUUACCAAAUCAAAUUCCCCAAUAAUUGAUUGGAAUGCUUUGAAAUCAUCUGUUUUGUCCAUUAAUCGUGGGUAUAUAAAUGAAAAAAAUAUUAAUGGAUGCAUAUUAGAGACGUGUUCACAACAACAGCGUUCGGACUUAGUCAAGUCAUUUAUGAAGUAUGUCAAACAAUGUAGUAAUGGUAAACCUAAUAUAGCAUUAGAGUUAUUAUAUAUUCGUUCAUGUUACAAGUCGCGAAAAGAAUUGACAGACGAUGACCAAUAUGAAAUCCAGAUCAAUUGUCAUUCUCUGUUUAAAAACAAUCGACAUUUAUUGAAUUCUGUUCUUCUUGAAGGUAUAGUUAUGGGAAUCUGUUGUACACCUUUAUGGCGUGAUUCUUUGGAAUUCAUAAAAGCGUCAAAAAUUGAAGAUGACAUUUCAGUAAAUACAUUAGUUUGUAUAAUUUUAAGGGCAUUUGAAGAAGCAGAAAUUGAUUUAGGAUGGAAUUUAGUACACAAUAUUUUUAAUCGACACAGAAUACUACCAUUAGAAAUAGUUACAGCAUGGUUUAAUCUCUGUGAAAAAAAUGUUAAUUGUAGCCAUCGUAAAAUAUUAGAAUUUUUAAGAGAUAAUGAGUAUAUUAUCAGAGAAGAUUUAGCAGAACUAAUUCGUAACAAAUUAAAACAAUUGGGCAUUAAGACUACUACUACUAUGAUUUAUCAUAAUAAUGGAAAAUGUAAGAAUUGUAAUCAAAUAUUGAAAAAUGUUGAUGUCACAGAUUCAGAGUUUAAGAUUCUUCAAGAAUGUUUUUUAUCAAAUGUAAUGAUUGGAAAAAAUAUAUUUAAUAACUCUUCUCCACAAGAGUUGAACGAUUUUAAAGAUUUCAUUGAAAUAACUGCACCAUAUGAUGUGGUAGUCGAUGGAUUAAACUUGGCAUAUGCAUAUCGAGGAAAAAUUGGUAAUCAUUCUUUAACCAAGAUUAUCAUGAAGAAUUUUAUUGAAAAGAAAUUAAAAGUGUUAUUAAUUGGCAGAAAACAUCUAAUUAAGAUGCUGGGAAAAGAAUUUGAUUUUAUAAAAGAAAAUGCCCAAGUAUUUUUUACAAACGAUCUAUCUAAAGAUGAUCCAUUUGUUUUAUAUGCUGCAAUGUAUAGUGGUAUUAAUACAAAAAUUCUUACCAGAGAUCUUAUGCGUGGUCAUAAAUUUUUGUUACAUGAUCUUCACAUGAAAAGCAUAUUUCAAAAAUGGUUACAAAAACAUAGAUUAGGAUUAAAAAUACGUCCUGGGGAUGAAGUUAUUAUUAAAGAGCCUAUAAAAUAUUUACAAGCAACUCAAGAAUCUGCAAAUGGAAUAUGGCACAUGCCUUACCAAGAAUACAAAGAACGUGGUUCCUGGUCUAAACCUGAUUCAUCACCCGAUAAAUGGAUGUGUAUACAAAUGUAGACUGAACUAUAAUAUAUUUAAUUUAUAUUUUUUUUUUUUAUAAUAUUACACUGUUAUGAA